CUGCAGUGUGCUCGAUUUAACAGGAAGGUGCCGACGUUUAAAGGGAUAAGGUCGUCUAGCUGCAGGCCGCAAAGCCGCAGCGUGAAUUUUGCGUGAAAUCUUAAUGUUAACGAAGAGGCCGUGACCGACAGGGCAAACUUCUCUGGGACGAUGUGCCAUGGCAGCAGGGAAACGCCUUCACACAGAGAAUCUAUCACCAGUGAAUGUUAAUACACGCGCACAGGGAUUCUGAAGUUCGCCGAGAAUACUAGCACGACCUUGUACGUCGCUGAGAAUACCCGUAUGCAGAAACAAGCGUACUGGGGCCUAUUUUUACACAUCUUAAAGAAAAUGCAGGAAUUAUGAGAUUCAUUUGCAAACUGCACCAUGCUCUUUUGCAAUCCUGACAGGAUUUGCGCGUCCUUGAGAUAAAAAGGUGCACAUCUCAACGUUAAUGCCAGAACGCAGGGUACUUUGCACACCAUCCGUGCCAGGUCUUGGCUCAGCUGAUGAGCACUCAGGAAAACACCACAAAUUCAUCAAUCAUAAAAAGAUUCUACCCCCCCCCCCCCCCCCAAAUCAACAUAAAUCUAGGCUGUAUGUUAAACAUUAUAUUGACAUUUACUCAUUCAGCAGCAAGAGAGCUGGGUGUUGACUUCCACCGGGGGAACCUGUACCCCAUGAAGAACACAGAUAUUUAGGACAUCAGCAGAUAUGGCAGAGACCGUCAUUUAACAGUCCUCCUGCUACUAUAACCUGCGAGAUUAAAGUAAUCUUGCCUCACUAUCUCAAACUAGAUAACACUAAAUGUGACCACACCCAUCAGGGACGAUUGGAUUGUUUACAGAUGGUGGCAGCAAAUGAAAAAUAAUUGUUCGCCGCACAAGUCCACAGCACGGGGAAAAUAACAUUCGCAGGAGUAAAACUGUUUAAUUCUUUUAUCGAUUCAGAGCCGCUGCCCUCUGUUUAACAAUAACCCUUUGUGUCCAAAUGUCUGCGGAGUAACAUUUUGCAUAAUGACUCCGCUUUCAGAUGCAGUCAUUUUACAAAUGGCUUUAAUAAGAAGAAAUUACAUUUAAAACAGGGGGGAUAUUGGUGGAUAGAGUAACAAGGGUGAAAAGGACCAUGUGAUUCAUACAAUUAAACCUUUGAGAAGAAGAAUUAGUAUUCGAGGAAUAGCGAGAGCCAGGAGACAUAUUAAUGAGGUUCUCAUUUCAAAUAACAUCCAAUUUUCAUAUAAAAAAUUAUACUCAGUGAAACUACGAGGUAACACCUCAUUAAACUAAUCUUUAUAAGCAAUUCAUAAAAAUUAACAAAUCGGUAUUUGUUCCCAGAUAAAUGAAAUUUCUGCCGGGGAUAAGUUAUCACCCAACAAUACAUCCAAGAGCGACUAACAAAACUCGAAUCUCGUACCCAGCCCCCCUUGGCCGUGGUACCAGCUGCGGUGCCUCUAGUCUAAAUUUUAAACAGAUGCUGACGAGGGGAGUUACCGUCGUUCCCAGUGUAUCCCAGUCAACAUUACGUCACCACACGUGCCGCAUGCCCCCGACAUCCCAAAGCCCAAAAUAAUGCACGAGAAACAACAAGAAUGCACGUUGCAGCUCCGAAUCAAUUAUUUCGGCUCUAAAUCCAUUAACAAGGCAGGCAGUAAUCUCAUACACCCCAGAAAAUGAGAAAAUGCUAUAGGGGGGGUGCAUUAAUUGACAUGGUGCCUAAGAGCCUAUCUACACAUGCUAGUUCCUUCUAAUACAAACAAUUCCCCAAAAGGCCUGCAAAACUGAGGCUGGGUUCAAUCACAUGUACGGUUAUUUUUAGACAAUUCAAAGUUGGCCGGCCCUUUUUAAAAUAAGCGGCAUAUAGUAAUCCCCGCGUGCUCUCCGUAACUGGGGGGACAUGUUUUGUCAAAAGAUUAGGAUUGUUGGCGUGGAUUGUGCCUAUUGAUGUGAGGAAAAGUUGAUGUUUAGUUACUUAACACUGCCCCGAUGCAUCAUGUCAUUAGGCUUUAACACCAAAUAUACAUAUAAUGCUGAUUCACUUAUUAUAAAUUAAUCUGAAAAUAGCGAAUUCAGAAAUCGGCUCCUUCAUUUGUGAUGUGCACGUUUCCUAAGACACAAAAGUACAAAGAAGAAUUAACAAACAUAUAUUCAUUAGUUACACUUUUACGAAUUUUAUCACGAAUUCAUGCACAAAACUGUAAGACAAAAAUUUUACUAUGAAUCUCAGAACGCGGGUUAAGCCGACAUGCGCCUGCGUGAAUCGUUCCUCGUGUAUUGCACUGCACGGUACAUCUGGGAUUUUUUUUUUCAAUUACCAAUGACAAAUGGUAUUUCAUUGCAAUUAUGUAUAUACCGGUGAAGGCAUGCAUGUCAAAUCUGGGCUGUCAUCUAAGUUCCCACACAGACAGGCUUUCUGUAACAGCUCCAGCAGAUGGACACCGGGAUGCCAGCAGCAGAUUCUACGUCAUAAAAACGUUUGCACUGGGGUUGCCAGGCAUUUGACAAGGAUGUCACAGCACAAUACCUGUCAUUAUGGGACUGUAGGUUGAGAAGCCAUCAGAACAAACACAACACCAGAUUAGUAUUAAUCUACACAGUGCCCGUGCUUGCCGAUGCGGCGCCCUAGGCGAGCAUGACAGCCGACGCCCCCUUCCAUUGGCUGCCAAGUCGGCGCCCCCACAGAAGUUAGCGCCCUAAGCGGCCGACUAUGUAUGUCGCCUCUGAAUUUACAUUAGUGGUACAUUAUCACUCGUGUAUUUAACUUCGAUAAACAGAAGCCUGGGUUUCCAGAUUAGGAUUAUAAAAUUUAUAUGAUAUUAAGUUAACUAAAACUGUUACUUUAACGAGAUCCAAAAAUUUGCAUACUUCACACCCCACUAAUUCGAGCUAAGGGAGGAAAUGUACUAAGUUAUAUCUUAGUUGUGUUAGCAGUAAAACAGGAGAGACUGCUGGAACUGCUGACGAUAUAUAUAUAUAUAUAUAGCACCAUCCCAAAGCUGUUAAAAGUGAAAAAGCGGAUUAAAGGCAGCGCUGUUUUACAGGGAGCCAGCGUCCAAGGUUCAGACUCGGCCCGGUCCCCUAGGAGGGGCACUCACGUUUGGUGGCAUUGAUGAGGUUCUUGCCGUCCUUGUACAGUUCUUUGAUAAACCUGUUGGUUUUAUCUAGCUCCGCUUCGUGGGCUCUGAUCCUCUCCCUGAAGGUUGGACUGUCCAGGUAGCAGUCGCUGAACUCCAGCGGCUGCAGCCCCAUGGCUUCGCCUCGCGCCUUGGAUCCCCAGUCCUCCGGACGGGACCCCGGGAGCACGAGUGUGAGAGCGACCCGACCCGCUAAAUAAGUAACUCAACAGGGCUGUUUCUCUUCCCGAAUCGGUGUUAACUCUGGUUAUUCGGCGGAGCGAAUCCUUCCCCAGUCCCGUGCAUCGGUUAAGAAAACGUCCUUUUAAAGUUAAGUAAGUUUUUUGUAAAAACAGACGGCUUGCCGGCCGCGCGACCCUAUCGCUCAGCUCCGCCUGUGAGCUCCAGCGCGUAGCCGAUCUUGGGCGUACGGGAGCGUCGCACCGGCCUGCCCCCUGCCCUCCCCUCUCCGCGGACCGGGGCUGGGUCUCCUCCUAUUGGCUCCUGGGAGAAACGCCACUGCAACAGGGGUAACCGCCUUUACAGCUGAUCGACUCCGACCAGAAUAAGUUACCUCAUAUGUGUGACGGCGCUGGACUUUAAUUAAAUAUUUAAAGUUGAUAUAAAAAUGCUCAUGGGUUGUUUAGCAAACUUGAAAAAUCUGGGAUGUUUGUUUUCUUACAAAGCUUUGUUUCCGCAGAAUGCUGCGUCUUCGGGGAGGAUGUGUGGAGAUUGGUAGCGUAACCGUACCUUAGUAGGAACCCCAAAUUUGGAUCUAACGGGACCGCGAAGGAAAAGGAACCCUGAAGCGAUGAGUCCGCGAUUCUCAUCGGACGUAUUUACGCGACGGACGGAGCCAAGCGCAGCGAAGCUGAUGCUGCGAUUCGAAAACGGCAUUUUAUUAUACUAAUUAUUAUUAUUAUUAUUUAACCAUUGGGCAAAAUGCUUUAGUGAAAAACAGAGCCAAAGAACGUUAACAGUUUUACUAGCGAUCGCAUCACAGAAAGCUGAAGAAUGCCGAAUGCAACCACACGACCGAAGAGGGUGAGGCGAAGCAGACGGACACCAAGGGAUGAUGCUGCUAGAAACGAGCUGGUAUGGAGGUCCCUGGAAAGUGCUCAGCAAUGUCUUCUCAACCAGGACUAUGGGACUGCGUUUGUCCACUAUCUGCUGGCGCUGAGCCUGGCGCCGGGUCUGAAGGACUACGCGAGGGAGUCCUUCCGGGUGACCCUCUUCAAAUGGACAGAAGAACUGGACUCCCUUGGCCGUGUCCAGGACCUCUUUGACUGUUAUGAACAAGCCCUGGAGCUCUUUCCAGUCGAUGAGGUCAUCGUCAACAGCAUGGGGGAGCACCUGUUCAGAAUGGGCUUCCGGGAUGAGGCGGCUGGCCACUUCCACAAGGCUCUGAAGCUGAGACCGGACUUUGCAGAGGCCAAGGAGAACUUCUACCGGGCGGCCAACUGGCUGGUGGAGCGCUGGCACUUCCUGAUGCUGAAUGACCGGCGGAGGAACCAGAAAUACCGACAGGCCAUCCAGAAGGCAGUGGAGUCCGGCUGCAGCACGGUGCUCGACAUCGGCACCGGCACCGGCAUCCUCGGGAUGUGUGCGAAGCAGGCGGGGGCCGCCAGGGUGUAUGCCUGCGAGCUGUCGAAAACGAUGUACGAGCUGGCGUGCGAGGUGGUCUCCGCCAAUGGCAUGAAUGGGACCAUAAAGAUCCUGCACAAGAAGUCUUUAGAAAUGGAAGUCCCUAAAGACAUCCCUGAAAGGGUCUCGCUGGUGGUGACGGAGACGGUGGAUGCAGGGCUGUUCGGAGAAGGGAUUGUGGAAAGCCUGACCCACGCCUGGAAGCAUCUGCUGUUGCCCCCCCAGAACCCACAGGACCCAUACAGCAGCCCGGCGCUGACUGGUCGGGUCAUCCCCGCAGGCGCCACGGUUUUCGGGAUGGCUCUGGAGUGCCCAGAGAUCCGCAGGCACCACCGGGUGUGUGUGCAGGAGGCAGGGGGGCUGUCCCUGUCUGCGAUGGGAGGCGUCCACAGCCCAGUGAGCUGCUCCCUGGAUGCCGAUGAUACCACGGAGCCGUACACCACCGAACGCCUCAGCCAGGUGCCUGGCGGCUACGCGGCCCUGACCGAGCCCUUCCGGGCGUUGGACGUCGACUUCAACAGCGUGCAGGAGCUGGAGGGCCUGUGCUCCCGCGAGGGCAGCCGCUUCCGCCUGCCGGUCAUUCAGGACGGCAUGCUGGACGCCCUGGCCAUGUGGUUCGAGCUGCACUUGGACAAGGAGACCAGCCUGUCCACGGGGCCGCAGGAGGACACCUGCUGGGAGCAGGCCAUUUACCCCGUGCAGCACCUCUGUGAAUGCUCCCUGAAAGCUGGUGACGAGUUGCUCGUGGAGGUCUCCUGCAAGGAUGCCUACCUGAGGGUUCAUGCCAUUGCCGUGGUGAGGGACGGCCUCGUGACCAGUCUGGAUGACUCAGCGUCGGGUCCCGUCUGUGGCCAGACCCCGAGCACGGAAGCCGAGCUGUGCAGUGCCCUGGCUUCCCUCCAGACCGGCCGGAGUGGGUCCCAACACGCAUGCGUGCUGGAGAGCUCAGAGAUAGCCAUGAUCAAUAACGUGCAGUACCAUGAGAGCUACAGCAGGGCACUGGAGAAGUUACUGCGGGCGCUGAGAGCCAGUCGGGGGCCACAGGGCAGCGAGGGCGCCGAGCCCAACCCCCUCUACGUGCUGGACGUCUCCGAAGGCUUCUCGGUGCUGCCGCUGAUGGCCGGCCGCCAGGCCUCGGUGAAGGCGUACAGCUCCGUGGAGAAGGAGCGUCACCAGACCCUCCUGAGGAGGCUGGCCAAGGAGAACGGGCUGCGGCCAGACUCGCUGGAGUUCUGGCUGUGUCGCGCUGGCGAGGACAACCGGGACGCCGCCUCAGCUGCCGCCAGUGACGCCACCACCGCGCUGCAAAGGCCGUCCACAGAGCAGCUCUGGAGCGCCAUUGUGCUGGACUGCGUGGAGAUCUGCGGCCUCCUCCGACAGAAGCUGAUGGAGAAAGCCACCCUGGCCAGGUGUCUCCUGGAGGAUGGCGGACGGAUCUUUCCGGAACGCAUCGUGAUGUACGGGCAGCUGGUGGAGUCGGAUGCCUUGCUGCAGGAGAGCGCCGUCCAGGGCCGCGAGCCGACACUGGGCUUUGACAUUGCGCCCUUCAUCAACCAGUUCACGGUCCCCGUUCAUGUCUUUUUGGACCUAUCCACUCUCUGCUGCAAGCACCUGAGUGAGCCCACAGAGCUGUUUGUACUCGACCUCAUGAACUCCAGUGCGAACCAUACAAGCCAGGAGGUGAAGGUACGUACCACCUCCGCAGGCAGGCUGACUGCUAUCCCAUUCUGGUACCAGCUCCACCUGGAUGAGGAGAUCAGCAUAAGCACGUUCAGCACGUAUUCCCACUGGAAGCAAGCUGCCGUGGUCCUGCAGCAGCCCGUGGAGGUGAACGCGGGGGAAGUGGUGUGCUUGAGUGUCAAAGUCCGCAAGAACAGCCUGUCCAUCACAGCGAGGAAGGGGGAGGGGCCAACCACAGACCCCAACAGUUAAACUACCGCUUCAGUGUUCAAGGACCAGUACCAGGGCACUGCUAGUAUGUCAAAUGGUGCAAGAAACGUCUCUGAUAAUGUCGGUAAAAUGUUUAAAGUUGCCAAAUGUAUAGUUUGAUAUGUGCGCAUUUCACCAGAGAAAUAAAAUAGUAUAUGGAAGAGA